AUGGGUUUGGAGCGCCGUCAUGGAACCAUGGUGCACGCCAAUAAGGCGUACCUUUUCUGGACUCUGGUGUUUGGAGCUUUGUUUCUGUAUUCAUUGGUUCUUUUGAUACGCGGAGCCCUAAUUCCGAGGCGUAAAUUCCAGUAUAGAGUUCCUCCCUGGACGUUGAUUCUAUUUUGGUCUCUUGCCUGUGUAUUUGGCUUGUUUAUCCACCCCAGCCACGAAUUCGUCGGUUAUGUCCGUCGCAUGGGUCGGUUGAGUAUUGCCUGUGCGGUUGUCGGUAUUUUCCUGUCGUUUAAACCAGCAGUGCUGCCCAGAACUUACAGUGUCCCUCUCACGCAAAUACACAAAUGGGUCGGUCGUACCGCUGUUUUCUUUGCUUUUCUACACGGACUUUUAUAUUCUUGUGUUUAUUUGAAACGCGGCGUUUUUGGCCGUUUGUUCAGGCCCGCCAACUUGGCAGGAAUUUUCGCUUGUUUCACUUUCUGCGUGAUUGCAUUGACGUCUUUGAAGCCCAUUCGGCGCAGAGCCUACUCUGUAUUCUAUGCCAUCCAUGUGGUCUCUGUUUGGAUGGCACUACUAGCCAUUUUCUAUCAUGCAGACCCCAAUGCAUAUGCGAUGGUAUACUUAGCCAUGGUGUUUCUGAUCAUCCAAAUCACAGUCCGCGUUUUGUUGACAAGAACUGUACCUGUUAAAGUGAAACACAUUUCAUCCAAUUUGGAUCUUGUCACUGUUGACAGAUCUGCCCUACCAGAAACAUUCGAGAUCGGUAGCCAUCUCAGGUUGUCCUUGCCGCUGCACUUGCCCAAAUCAUGGCUAGUGCCCUCUCAUCCCUACACAAUUGCAUCUCUUCCUGAAGACGAUGCCAUCCAUCUAGUGGUGAGAAGGACACGGUUUGAGCUGCAGAAUCAAGAGUAUGCUAUUCAGGGUCCUCACCAUGCUCCAUUUGAUGUUUCUGAAUUCAAAAGAAUCAUUGUAGUCGCUGGCGGCUCUGGUUUUGCAUUGAUUCCACCUGUCUCCCGAAGGGCUAAACAGCUGGGAAUUGAUGUGAAGUCGGUUUGGAUCGUGAAAACAGACGCGGAAACGUCUGUUCUGAAUCAUAUUCCAGUCGAUGACUGUGAAAUUUUCAUCACCACUGAGUCAAAUUACAACGCCGAAGAUACCGCUGCGGGUACUUAUGGUGAUGAAUUUGAGCUUGACGACCUGAGGGCUUCAGAUCGCGAAGGACUGCUGGACAGUUCCAAUCCGUCAAAACCUAAAGAAGGCAUCAAAAAGUACUUCCAAGGCCGUCCAAACCUUGAUGAGUUCAUUGGCGACUUCUUCAACCCAUCUCAAGCAGCUGAAACCUGUGUUGCGGCUUGCGGACCUGAGAGCCUCACUAAAGAUGCUCGCCGAUGGGCAAAAGCCCACAAUUGUAGUUUUUUUGCAGAAACGUUUGCGAUGUAG